AUGACACUCGUCCACAGGGCCCUCUUCACGUGGUUCAUUGUCCUCGUAUUCCUCAUCCUCCUCUGCCUGCGCCUGGAGACACGGACACAUUGGAAUUGGUUCGUGGUCUUCAUCCCUCUGUGGAUUUUCGAUGCAAUCCUCCUCAUUUACGUGCUGAUAAAGAUUGUGACAAAGUGGCGGAACUUGACACGCCUCAAGGAGCUCCUCAUUCAGUAUCAGAGCUACAUUUGCACCGUUCUCCUGAAGAUUGCCAUUCAAAUUAUGAUUUGUCUGAAACUGGAGUAUCCCCUGUUGGAGCUAUCCAUCUUCACUGUGAUGAUCCCCAUUUGGAUUCUCCUUCCGGCUACCAUUGGGUACGUUUUUAUGCACAUGGUGAGAGCUAAAUGAACCCAGAGAAAUUUUGUUAUUUAUGAGUUUUAAUUAAAAGCUAUUUAAAUAAGAAAAAA